GUUUUUUGGGGGCUCUAUGGAUUCGGAGGACGACGUGCACGAUGCGAACGACGACUACUACAGCGGCGACGACUACUGCAGCGGCAACACGACCGAGUACAGCGAUGAAGACGGCGGUGGUGAUGACGAUGGGGAUUACGGUUUUGAUCACAUCGAAGACUCGAACGAGAGCAACCGCCAACCAAAUUAUAUUGCCUUGAAAGAAGCAGAUAUACGCCAGCAUCAAGAGAAUGAAAUCACAACACUUUCAACAGUCCUUUCCGUAUCGAGAGCAGAUGCGAGCAUUCUACUCCGUCACCAUCGUUGGAGUGUGAUUAAUGUGCAUGAAGUAUGGUAUGCGGAUGAAUAUGGAGUCCGUAAGGCCGUCGGCUUGUUGGAAAGUCCAGUUGUCCAAUUUCCGAAUGCUCAAGAACCGACGUGUGGAAUUUGUUUUGAAUCCUCUCCUCUUGAUGGGAUCAGCUCGGCUGCGUGUGGUCAUCCUUUCUGUGACGAAUGUUGGAGGGCUUACAUGAGCACAUCCAUCAAUGGUGGCCCUGGAUGUUUGAUGUUGAGAUGCCCCGAUCCAUCUUGCGGUGCUGCUAUCGGCCAAGAUAUGAUCAAUCGGUUGGUAUCUGAGGAAGAUAAGGAGAGAUAUGCUCGUUACCUUCUUCGUUCAUAUAUCGAAGAUAAUCCCAAGACCAAGUGGUGUCCUGCCCCGGGCUGUGAGUAUGCUGUUGAAUUUGUUGUUGGUAACGAAAACUGCGAUGUUUCCUGCCUAUGCUCCCAUGGCUUUUGUUGGAAUUGUACAGAAGAAGCUCAUCGUCCUGUGGACUGUGGCACUGUGGCCAAGUGGAUCAUGAAAAACAACGCAGAAUCGGAAAACACGGAAUGGUUACUAGCUAAUUCCAAGCCUUGUCCGAAGUGUAAGAGACCGAUUGAGAAAAACCACGGUUGUAUGCACAUGACAUGCACAUACCCUUGCAAGUUUGGGUUCUGCUGGCUAUGCCUUGGUGCAUGGUCGGAUCAUGGUCAGAGGACGGGCGGUUUCUAUGCAUGUAACCGGUAUGAGGCAGCCAAGCAAGAGGGAGCGUAUGAUGAAGCUGAGAGAAGGAGAGAGAUGGCCAAGAUGUCUGUAGAGAGAUACACUCAUUAUUAUGAACGGUGGGCAACCAAUAACUCGUCGAGAAAAAAGGCCAUUGCGGAUUUACAUCAAAUGCAAACCGUGAAUCUCAAGAAGCUUAGCGCCAAACAAUGCCAACCUGAAACGAAACUCGAGUUCAUCACAGAAGCCUGGCUGCAGAUAGUUGAAUGCCGGCGAGUGUUGAAAUGGACCUAUGCCUAUGGAUACUACCUACCUGAGCCUGAGCUUGCGAAGAGGCAACUUUUUGAAUAUUUGCAAGGCGAGGCCGAGGCUGGUUUAGAAAGGCUUCAUCAAUGUGCCGAGAAGGAUCUACAAGCUUACCUUGGUUCUGAACCGCCUCCAACUGAUUUUAAUGAUUUCCGCCAAAAAUUGGCUGGACUGACUAGUGUCACUCGGACUUACUUUGAGAACUUGGUUAGAGCAUUAGAGAAUGGUCUAUCGGAUGUGGCCGGUAGCAAGACAGCAACCGCGAAAAUUGGGCCGGCCGAAAAGGGUAAAGGCGGAAGAGGAUGUUCGGACUAUCAUGGCUCUUAGACAUGCGAUCAGUGCACUUAUUUCAACACCAUAUCUUUGCCCACAUGCGAGAUGUGCCGCCUGCCCCGACAUAACGCAUGAUUACCCCUAGUGUCACUCGGGCUUCCUUUGAGAACUUGGUUAGUUGUUUUUUUGUUUGUUAAUAACAACACCUAGAUAUAUAUUGUUUUUUAUAUUUGAUGUUAUUUAGACAUGGUUUAAAAAUGUAUUCGUUUUGGAUUCCAAACCCAAUCUCUCUCUCUCUCCUUGUGCGCGGUCUUUCAUAAUUUUUUUGUUCAAUUAUUAAUCUCAUAUAUCUUUCUAUCUCUCUCCAAUUGUUAUCCAAGAAACCUCCAUCAAAAUCUAAACCAAACAAACCAUUUGACACCGGAGUUCCCAAAAUUUGAAUUCCAAAAUAAAUCAAGUUUCUGCCAGCAAGAUGUCUUUUGAGCUUCUUAAAAAAAUUUGUUAAGUCCUUUUAAAGUUUGUAAGUGUUUUUUUUAAGUUUCAAGAGUCAAACACAUCUUUCAACUAGUCUGUGGUCAAGUCUUUUUAAUUUUUGUAUUGGAAAUCUAAGUUUAUUUUUCCUAUGUUGGAGGGAUGUUCCAACAAGUCCUAUUUAUAUUCUUUCCUAUGAAUGAAAUCAUUAGAGUGUGUUGAAUUAAAA